AUGAGAGACGGUUUCCCAUUGUUGGUCGAUGAAAUAUCGUUGGCCGAAGAUUCGGUUCUGGAAAGACUGAACCCGUUGUUCGAAGAAGUAUUGAUUUUCACAGAAAAACAGAGAAAAAGGGGAUAUUUAGGAUCGAACUCUGUUGUUGUCAGAUGCUGGGGUUGAGACGCAAAUCGUCCAUUCCUCUGAAGGUUUUCAAUUGGUCGCCACGAUGAAUCCCGGCGGGGAUUAUGGAAAAAAGGAGGUUGGUACGGAGUUGAUGGAAAAAUCAUCUUUUUAAUAAAUUUGAGGGAAAAACGAUAGGAAAUGAAGAAAAAGGUUAUAAGAGUUGAAAAAUUCAAAAUCGAUAUAAGAUCCUUAUUCAGACUCUUCGAGGUUACUUAGAAACGCCAGAGUGGUCCCUAGAGGGGCAACCGUAGUGGCCCUUAAGGUUGCUCUUUAGGGACCUCUUUAGCUUCCCCUAUAUGGGGCACUAAUGCCUGAAAUAAGUGAAAUACAUUAUUUUGUCCACUGUAGGGGCUUUUUUAUUCCUAACCCCUCUAGGGGCCACUCUGGCGUCCCUAGUAUCUUUUAACCGAAUUUGAGAGAAAUUUUAAAAAAAUGAGUUUUGAUCAGACUUUUCAAGGUAUCUUAGAAACGCCAGAGAUGUCCCUAGAGGGGCAACAAUAGCGGCUCUUAAGGUUCCUCUUUAGAGAGCACUUUAGCUUCUGCAAUAGGGGCACUGAAGCUUGCGAUAGUAGCCAUUCUAGAAAAGCAUGGCUCCUCUCCGUCACACUUACUCAUAAAACAGAACCAAAAAUUAAUUGACCACUGUAGGGGCCCCUUUAAGAGGGGUCUAAAUUUCAGAACCUCUGUAUAAACAAUCAAAAUUUCAUUAGAAAAAAAGGCGUGGCCUGUCUGUGCUCUCCACCAACCAGACAAUGUCUCUUUUUUUCGUGUCAGGACCCAUUUUUCGAUGGCUUAAGCCAGCCGUGAAUUAGCUAUAUGAAGCCUUUACUAAUUAAUUUUUUCAAUCUCUUCAAGGUAUUUACUAAUUCUUUUGAAAUCAAGAUCGACUCAGGUGAUUACAUUCAGUUCGAAAGUAUAAGGAUUUCCGUCUAAUAAGAAAAAAUAACUCAAGUUUGAAAAAUUUAAUUAUACGUAUAUUUUUCUCUUCCUCCGGUCAAAGUUACGUUUCCAAAAAUCUUUAUCUUUUAUUAAAAUGAGUCUCGCGUGUUCAUGUGUCCUCUCGUUCUAAUUAUCGAAAUUUCGCACUUUUCCAGCUUUCCAAAGCGCUCCGGAACCGUUUCACGGAAGUCUGGACGGCGAGCGACUACUCAGGAGAUGAACUUUUGUCGAUUUUCGACGCUCGACUGACGAAAAACGAAGCGACUCGGGAUGAAGCUCGCGUGACGCCCACGCAAGCCUCCAAGGUCGUCGUCGCAUGGAUCGCCGAGUUCUUCGAGAAGUACUCGCACGUCUUCCGGUAGGAAACUUCGAGUGUCUGCGUCUCUCUGUUCCCUCACCGGCGAGGUCAGAGAUAUAGGAAAACAGCACGAAAACAGGAGAGAGUCGCCGAGAGAAGAGGAGGGUGCAGAGAAGUCCCGCAUUUUCAAGUCGCCAAAAAAGGAGUGUAUCUCGGAAAAUUUUUAGUGCUUACUGUAGAGGUUCCUAAGGACUACUUGGAGAGGACACUGAAGUGGCCAUCAAACCAACCUCUAUAGGAGCCAUUUUUGAGUCUUAAUGACGACUAUAGUAGGUUUUAGUGGCCUAGUAGUUCCACUUAGACCUCUAUAUUGACCACUUAUUUUCAACCCCUCAAGUGGCCACCGAUUCGACUACUAUAGUGCCCACUAAAUCGUCGAAACCCUUAAGUCCCAGAUAGACGAUCAGAGGUAGAGAUCAAAAUCUGAAAACGAGUCCGAUUUCAAAUCAAUCGAUAGAGAAGAUCAGAAAAUCAAGGGGUACUUCAAAACCAUCGGAAAAAGGUGUACAGUUUGUUCAUAUAGUCUGUUCAGAUUUCAAAUGUCAAGUCCUCGCUCAAGCUCCGCCCCUAAUGGUGCGAUAAACCAAUCAGAGAGCGAGCCAUCCACAGAGUGUUUUUGAAUGACGUCAUUGCACUUGGCAUUGAAAAUCUGAACAGACUAUAUUCCGAAUGUCAUGUACAAUGACGUCAUUAAAUAGAGCUCUGGCUGCCUCGCUCUCUGAUUGGUUUAUCGGGUCAUUAGGGGCGGUGCUUAGGCGAGAACUUGACAAAAUCUGAACAAACUUUGAUUAUUCUAGCUUCCAAGCUGGAUGCGACUUGUAUUUUCCAAUCAUAUGGCUCAAUUCAGACACGCUCCGUCAGUCCGAGACGUCGUCGCCUGCGCGGAACUGUACUCAUCGGCGGUGGCAGCCGACGUGUCCCGACCUUUCGCGGUUCGCGACGCCUUGUCCGCCGUCUUUCUCGACUCCCUCAGCGGCCUCACCACCAGGCUGGCCAUCGAUGCGGAUGUCGUUCUGCAAGAUGCUCUCAAAAUGGUUUUUUCUUCAGAUUUUCCUCGCCAUGGGGUUGGUCCUAGCUGUGAGACCUUCCUAGGAACGCCAGAGUGGUCCCUAGAGGGUUUAGGAGAAAACAGCCCUUAUAGGGGGACAAAAUAGGAUUGAGUAGUCUUAUAAGGUUGUAGGGUCGCACUUUUAGGCCUCUAAAGCUUAAGGGGUCCCUUUAGGGUUACAGGAUCGCAUCUCGGAGGCUCUAAAGCUAGAGGGGUCCCUAUAGGGGUCUUUUGAUCUUUUUUUUUCUUUUUUUGAAAGUUAAAAAAAGCUUAACAAAUGAAAAAUUCAUGGGUUAAUCUUCUGAAUAAAUCAAUAGCAUGUUUCCCUAAAGGGACCACUAACUGAAACUUCUAGGAUGGCCACUUUUGCAAGUGGUAGUGAACUAAUAUAGGGGGAAUUAGGAUAGAAACCUCGAUAGAAGAUCUUUGGAUAGACCUUUGAAAAUUACUUAGGAACUCCAGAGUGGCCCCUAGAGGGAAAACUUCAAGAUCCCUUAACGUAGGCUCUCUAGGGACCACUGUGAUGAUGUGGGAAACUGAAAAAACUCCUCAAAAUAGAAAAGUGUUCGUUUAGUGAUCAACAGAGCCUUAUCUUCCAUCCAAGAUUGAGAACAAGCCAAAAAAUAAAUGUUUUGACUUUAACUGAUUAAUUAAACUGUGUGUAAAGGCUUUUUUGACAGUUUUUAAGCAAAAAUUCAAAUGAAAGAACAGUUUUUUUCACUCAGUGAUAAUCAGAAAGUAUCGCUGUGAGAUCAGACACCUCCUGGUUAGAUUUGAAGCCUUAAAAAAGCUUUUCCAGCUCUCUUCCCACCUUCACAAAGUCUCGAUAGUGGAAAAUGCGGAGAAGUUCCUGGCCGAAGCGACGGCGACGACCUCGAAUGCGUUGAUCCAUCAGACGGCUGAUUAUCUGCAAAUCGGCCAUUUGAAAGUGGAAUACGGAAAGAAAGAGCCGACGAUUCCCCGGGGAUUCUCACUGAAGGCGCCGACUUGCGUCGAGAACUUCUACAGAAUCGCGAGGUGAGAGAAAAUUAAUACUAAUCAAGAUAAUUGUGCUCUUGAAACAGAAGUUUUUUUGAACCUUUGUUGAAAUUUUUCAGAUUUUAGAAAAAAAUUAGCGCGAAAUGUUGACUUUCUAACGCAUUUUUUUGCCGCUCGAAAAGCGAGAUUUUUUUCCCAUUUUUUUGAAAUAAUAACCAUUUAUUGAACGAAAGUUUUAUAGAAUCGCAAGAUGAGAUAAAAAAAUAUUAAAAAUAAUUGAGAAAAAUCAAUUUCGAUAUGUAGAUAGCUCCCUUCAAACUGGAUUUUUUUAGAACCUUGUUAGGAGCCCCAGAGGGGUCCCUUUAGGGGUUAAGGAAAGCCAUUAAACUUGAUCCUUUAGUGACCACUUCCUGAAUUUCUUCAAACUUUCACUUCUUCUGAGCUUUCAAAAAGUUUAGCCUGAUUUAUAGAAUUUCAACGCAUUUUCUCCGCUUGAAAAGCAAGAUUUUUUAUAUUUUUUGAGUAAAUAUUUCUUUUCAGAUUUUUAAAAACGAAAAGGUUCAGUUUCCCCACAAAAACGGCUUUCCCUCAGCUUUUUGAUAGAGAAAAAUCAAUCAGGAUUCAAAAAAAUGGCUAAAAAAAGGGCUGCAUGUGCGCUCCAUGGAGAGAUUUCGUUUUCUUUCUAUUUCUCUAUAUUUUUUUGAAUUUUUUUGAUAGAGUUGUUUCGGCACAAAAAAAUUUCACCUUUAUUUUUUUCUGGAUCUUUGAAUUUUUGACGUCUUGAUUCAGGAAUUUUAGCUUACAACUCUCAAAAAGCUCCUCACUAAGUUUAAAAAAACGGUCCAAAAAUUGGUAAUAUGCUUUAAUUUUUGAUCUUUUUUUGAUUGAUUUGAUAAAAAUUCAUGAAUUUUAAAGAGGAAUGCUCAUCAACAAGCCGAUUUUACUGGAAGGAGCCCCCGGAUGUGGAAAAAUCGAGCACAGUCAUGGCCUUGGCUCAACUCACCGGAAAUGCUAUCACACGGCUCAAUCUUAGUGAUCAGACGGUAGAAAUCCCAAAAAAAUAACUGAAAAAAGAGGAUUUUCAGGACCUCUCGGACUUGUUCGGUAGUGAUGUUCCAGUGAUUUCUGACAGUGGAAAUAUCACUUUCCGAUGGGAGGAUGGCCCGGUUUUGAGGGCUAUCAAGAACGGGGAAUGGGUCCUUCUUGAUGAGGUGGGCAAAACGGCGUCUUUUACAGAAAAAUUGAGAAAAAGGGAUUUAAAAAAAUUUUUUUUCACAGAAAAAAAUAAAAAAACAACAGCUACUUUUACAAAAAAAUUGAGGAAAAAAAUAAUAAAAAAUGAACGGUUUUUACAGAAAAAAAUUAGAAAAAGCUUUUUUUACAGAAAUUUGAGGAAAAAAACAAUGUAAAAAAAUGAAUUUUUUCACAGAAAAAAAUGUACGAAAAUUUGGAAAAAAAUUUUUUUUGAUUUUUUUAUUUUUUUUAAUGUGAGAGUUUCUAGUUGCCAUUCCAAAAAAACUUCUUUUUCAGAAAAAUAAUGAGGAAAAAAAUGCUCGAUUUCUAUGAUAAAAAGGAGCCCAAAUUUGGGAAAAUUGACGAUUUUUAUCCUUCUCAAGCAAAAACUUUUUAUUGAAACGUUAAAAAAAUAAUCCUUGCCAUGAUUUGAAGUCCAUGAGAUGCGGCUGAAAUGUGAAUUUUGAAAAACUUGCAUUUAAAAAUAAUGCUGGAUUUGGUAUUUUAUAUGUCAAAUCGCGCAAGUCGCUUUUGGUCGGGCGCAACUUCAAAAAGCCGCAUUUACAUCCCCAUGCGACGGAUUUUUUUCAAGAAAAAGGAGAUUUGUUUGUGAAAAAUGGGCUUUUUCUGAAGAGAAUUGUCUUGAAAAAUUUUUGAAAAAAAUAGGAGAAUAAUAUAAAUAUUUUUCGGAGUCUUGAGAAGGCUUUUUUCGAAUGAGGAUUCACCCAAAGUUUUUUUCAGAAAAGUAGGUUUUUUUUAAGAGAUGAGUUUGACUCGAACCGCCACAUUUGGGAUAUGACUGUUUUUGAAAAAUGGAAAAAAUUCGAAGAUUUUCCAGAUGAAUCUGGCUUCUCAAUCGGUCCUUGAAGGUCUGAACGCCUGUUUCGACCACAGAAGGAUACUUUACAUUGCCGAGUUGAAUAGGUUUUGUGGCCAAAAAAUAGAAACCUCAUCGAUUUUUAUCGAUUCAGAUCUUUCGAAAUCCCCUCGACGUCGAAUUGUCGCUUCUUCGCUUGCCAAAACCCGAGAGUUCAAGGCGGAAAUCGACGGGCCCUGCCCAAGUCUUUCGUCAAUCGAUUCACCAAUGUGAGAUAUUAUGGGGAUUCGCUGUUUCAGAAGCAUAACGAAAGAAAGAAAAUUGCUCUGUUUUUACUUUCGUUAUAGUAAAAACAGAGCAAUUUUCUUUCUUUCGUUAUAGUUAAUUUUUUGUUUGGUCCUUAUUUGGAAAAAUAGGCCGUAUUAUCCAUUUGUAAAAUACGACCUUCACUGUAAUUAGCCAAUUUUGCUCUGUUUUCUCCCGAUUUGGUUGAAAUUUCUUGCUCUUUUUUCUUCUUCUUUCCCUUUUCUUCAGAUUUUUCUUCAUGGUUUUUGAAAAUCUGUUCUUUUAGCGUUUUUGGAAAAAUAAUCGUCCUAUUUAACGCCAAGGCCGUAUUUCACAAAUGGAAGACGGCCUAAUUUUCCAAAAAGAAAAAGAUGAACUUUAAUAGUUGUCUUCGUCAAAUUUAGUCCUACAAAGCAGAGAAAAAAAAUUUUCCGAAGAAAAAUUUUUGAAAAAAAUAAUGAAAAAAACAUCCUUUCUUGAAAUUUUGUAUUCAAAAUUUCGUUUGAGAGUUUUUUUUUAUUUGUUGUUCAACAUUUUUUGAUUUUUUGCCCUUUUUUCAAUAGCCGAGGUUUUUCUUCAAUCAAAGAACACAAAUCAUGAGAAUAAAAAUUAGGGAAUUAGGUCGGUUUUUCAGAAUUCAUAGCACUAAAGAUUUGGAUUUUAGUUGGUUUUUAUGAUUAAAAAAAUGGGACUAGUUCUUUUUUUUUCUGUUCUUAAUCUGCUCCUUCGGGUUUUUGAGCUUUUUAUGAGAUUCAAGAAUCCCUUAAAAUUCAUUUUUUUACACUUUUUUUGAAAAAAACUGUUUUUAAUUUUUCCGCUUCAUUCAUGAAUAAAGUCGUAGUGAAAGUUUGAAAUUUGAAAAAAACAUAUUUUCUUGAUUUCAGAUCUACACGAACGACCUGACAAGUGGAGACGUGGAGAUGAUCCUGGAAGGAAUUGACGUCGGUCGGAAGUUGUCCGGAGAAGAAAGAAGAAGAAUGGUGGCGGUGAACGAAGAAUGCGCCAGGCUCGCCGAGAUUGGCGCUUUUGUCGGCGGACCGCAUUCAUUCAAUCUCAGGGACUUGCUCCGCUGGUUCGAGCUCACCGCUAGUGUCAGUUUUCGAGGAAAAAUGAAAAAAAGAAAAACUUUGAUAUAAAUGAUUUUUUUGAAAAAAAUAAUCCUUCAGAGAACUUUUUUUAACAAAGAAAAAAAUGCAUUUUUUUCAUUUUGAAACAUCAGAGAUAGACUUACAGACCUUAAUAGUGAAUUUUUGUCCAGGAAUUUUCAGUUAUUACUUUAUUCAGCAAUAGAAAAAGGGAAAUUUAAAAGUUUUACUAUUAUUUAUGACUGGAAAUAGCUAUAAAUGCAGUUCAAAAAAUCGGGUAAAUGACGAAUUUUGAAGCUGAAAUAAGUAUUUUUUCGAAAAGCUAUCCUCACUCUAUUCUAGAAGAAAUCAAUUAAAAAAAAUAUAGUCAUAUGCAAAUUUAAUAUCGGUCUCAAAAAAGAAUACCUUUUUUGGGGCUUUUUCGCAGAUUUCUGCGCUUUUUAACACUUUAGCAAAUAUUAAAAAAAUAUUAUAUGAAAAACGAUUUAUUUUUGAAAAAAAGGUGUCUUUUUAAAAAGGCGUAUUACUUUUUUUGGACCCUUCUCGGCGUCUUUAAAAAAACUCGAAAAAAAUCUGUCGAAAUCCUGCAAUCUACCAGUUUUUGUGAACAUUUUUUUCAUAGUAGAUCGAAAAAAACGUCGAUUUUUUUCUCCCCGUCUGUGAGCUGGGUUGUUUGAAAUCUGGUCUCGAGGAGAAAUUAUUCCGUCUCGAAAUGACUCGAGACCAAGUUCUUUCGUUACGAGACCAAAAUGACGUUUUUAGGCCGAAAUCGCGAGUUUUGAGCUUUUUUCCUUGAGAUAUCUCGAAAAAAUUGAUCUUUAUCGAUUUUUAAAAAGCAUAUUUCGAUAAAAACUCUGGUUCUCACUGAAUAAUUUCCUUCUAACCUUUUUUUAAGAAAAAAGUCGAAAACAGGAAUGUGCGGAAAUCCUGAUUUUCAGACUUCUGAUUUUACGGUUGGAUUCGAAAUCGUCUAUGUCAGCCGGAUGCGUAGGGAAGAAGAUCGGGAUCAGGUUUCCCAUCCAAAAUAGUCAUUUAAAUAAGAAAUAAUAAAUUCAGCUCCAUUCUGUUUUCGAAAAAUUGAUGAUGAUGAAGGCGAUUUAUCCGCCCGUUCAGCUGCAGUUGGACCAGAAUUUUUUGAGAAUCGGAAAGGUUUUUGGAGAUUUUUCCAUGAGAUCAAUGGAAAAAGAGGAUUCUUCAGGCGGAUAUUGUCAGAAAACCCCUGAAAUCGGACCAAAAUCUGGCGAAUUCUCGACUUUUGCCAAGCCAAAUGAAGGUUUUCCACGAAUUGGCGACCUGUGUGCAGAUGAACUGGCUGGCGUUGAUCGUUGGGCAGAGGUAAUUUUGGAAAAUAUGAAAACUUUGCGUUUCAAUUUCGAAACAUGGUUCAAUAAUCAGAAAUUUUGCUAAAAACAGAAAUUUUCGAACUAGCAAAUAUUGACUUUUUUUGGACGAUUUUCAAUCCAAAGAAGAACUUACUUAAGUAAUUUGACAAGAAAAAUUAAAAAAUUAAUCAUUUUGCUGACUGACGUUCGAUUUAAAAUUCUCAAGGGUCUCGAAGCGAAAAGCCAUUUUCAGUGUCAUUUUAGGACAUUUUCGUCUUUAAAAACUUGGUCAAGAGUUUUUGAAUCAGUCUCGUUUGAUUCUUGAUUAAAAUUCUUCUUCCCAUGCUGAUGAGAGCUUAGCCAGCUGAAACUAGCUCACCUCGGGCGUACCCGUAAAAGUAUACUUGGUAGAACUUUUCGGCAUUUGUUACCUUAGCUGAGACAUCAUUUUUAGCAAAGUUGGGACCAGAUUUUCGAAAUGAACACCGCUGGGUCACCUAUCUCUUCUUCUACCCGUUUUUGUCCGAAUGACACUCAAAUAGCCUGAAAAUACACGGGUAUACCCGUUGAGAUACCUGGUUAGCAUGAGAAUUGGUUUCCUGUUUCACAAAAACAUAAAUUAAAAUUAAGAAAGUCAAAGAAUUUGCUGGAAACCCCAAAAUGUUGGAGUAUAAAGGAGAAAGUACAUAACUUGAUUGGUCCAGGAGGAGAGGUUGACUUACAAAAAUUAUAAGAAACUCGGUAAACGGGGUACACCCGUUGAGACAUCGGGCCAACACGAGAGUUGGGAUUUUCAAGCAAAUAAUUAUGAACUUUUUUGACCUCACGAAUAUUUUUUUCAUGUUUUUUCUUUGGUCACUAUCAAAACAUGUUCAAAAAAAGUGGAUCCAGAGAAAAAUAAUACCUGCUCAGCAUGAGACUUGGUUUCCUGUUUCACGCAGAGAUUUUCAAUAGAUAAAAUCAAAGAAAUAGCUGGUAUUUCGAAACGAAUAAUUUUGAACAUGAAUAAGAAAGUAAAAAACUCAAUUGGUCCACGAUGAAUCACGAAAAUUUUGAGAAAAUCGGUUUAAAAAAAUUGGUUUCAAGCCCAAGAGCUCACUCGGGCUUUCAGCGGGUGUACGAGCGUUGAAACGCUGUUCCGGCGGGCGUGCCCGCUUUAAGCCCGUAAAAGCGCAGGCGGUAGAAGUUUCGGCAUUUUUUCUAUAACUGAGGUGCCGUUUUUGCACGGUUGGGUCUCAGUUUUCCGAAAUAAACCCGGGAAGGCAGUAAUAUAGUCCGUCCGCUGCGACUUGACACUUUUCGCGUGUCUGCGCCUCUCUGUUCCCUCACCGACGAGGUCAGAGAAACAUGGAAAUAUCAAGUAAACAUGAGAGAGACGUCGAGAGAUGAGGAGGGCGCAGAGAAGUCCCGCCCUUUCAAGUCGCGAAAAACAGACUAUAAGAAAAAAAAAAAAUUACUUUUUGGAGAACUUUAAUUCAUGGAAACUCGGAGGAGAGCUUGACGGCGUCUCAACUAUGAAAAAAAAGCCGAAAGUUCUAUCAAUUUUGCUUUCAUGGGCUUGAUAUGGGUACGCCCGCCAAGACAGUGUGUUGAUACGGGGGCCCCGGUGAAAGCCCGUGUUAGCUCCCGAGCUUGAAAAUAAUUUUUUUAACCGAUUUUCUCAAAAAUUUUUAGGAAUCCUCCCCUCAUCGUGGAUCUAUUGAGUUAUUUACUUUCUCAUUUGUGUUCACAAGGGCUUGUUUCGGAAUAUCAAAAAUCCUUUGAUUUUGAUUAUUUAAAAUCUCUGCGUGAAACAGGAAACCAACUCACAUGAUAUCCAAGUUUCUUUUUUUUUGAUCUCUAUAUUCCUUUUUCCUGGAUGUUUUUCGAUAGUGACCGAGAAAAAAGAAGGAAAAAACGAAAUAACUCUUUGCUUGAAAAUCACUUUCAACGCCGCGAAAAUGAACUCUCGUGUUGGCCAAAUGGCUCAACGGGUAUGCCCUAUUUAAACCCGCUUUUUUUGAAAGGUCAUUUAACUUUGCGAUGGGGAAUUCCCUGAAAAUUGGCCAGAAGACUUCUAUUUGUACCAGAUGACGAUCCUAAAGACCUAAUUUGCAAAACUUCCUGGUUUUCGAGAAAUUAAGGCUGAAAAUCACAAAAAAGCCUAUUUUUCUGGAUUUUCUUUGAACUUGCAGCUUCUUUUCUCAAAACGAGGAAGUUGUGUAGGUUGAGACUUCUAGAACCUUCUUCUGAUACAUCAAGGAGUGUUCUGGCCAAUUUUCUGGAAAUUCCCAACCACAAAGUAUUAGGUUGUUAAUAAACGGAUUCAUCAUCAUCAGUUUAUUCAUUUUACAAUAAAUAAAACAUUUCUAAGGGCCAUUUCAUUUUUUUAAAUAAAUCAUUUCUAAGGGCCAUUUCAUUUUGGAUUUUAUUUUUUCAAUAGUUGACUUCAGACAGUCAUAACUCGUUUCAGAAGACGUUUUUUUGACUGAUCUGAAAUCUAUGAAUUACUUCGAAACCUUGAAUACUUGAAUUUAUAUAAUAAAAUGAAUGAACGACGUGCCUAAGUUUCCAAAACUUAUGAAUUCAUUUGGACAUCGUAUUGAAUUUAAGGGCAUUUCUCACUGAUAAAAAUUUCAAGGUUACCUUAAAAAGUAAGAGGUGCUCCCUAAGCAAAAAUAUUGAAUUUUUCCUUCUGUUUAUUUUCGAUUCUUUUUCUUCUAUUUUUAUGCUCGGUUUUCGGGCUCGAACGAAAAAAUUAUGAAAAAUUGCAACUUUUUGAACGACGGAAAAAAAAUUCACUCAGUUUUUUUCCGAGAAAAUCUUUUACGCUUACAAUUUGAAGAACAGACAUCGAGUUUCAAAAUGAUAUAUAUGUUGGAAUUUUGAGAAACGGAGGAAAACGGACGAUUGUGGAGAACUUGGCGACCUUGUCUGGUAGGACUUUACAAACGAUUUCUUUGAACGCCGACACGGACGCCCAGGAACUCAUCGGAUCCUAUGAACAGGUUAAUGGGAAAAAAAUGAACCGUUGAAAAAUGGAAAAUCAUUUUUUUUUCGGAAAAAUCAAUGGGAUUAAGAAAUGACCUCACUGAAUAAAGAAAAAAAAAUUUUAUUUUUUGAUCCUGCUUCAUCCAGUGUGAUAGCCCAUUAUUAGAAACGUGCACAUAAAUUUUUAAGUCCCUUCCGGUUACGGUAGGCCCCUGCGUAUCUGAAUACCGAAGAGCUUUUACUAGGCAAGUGAUAUAUCAAUCGAUAGGUAAUCCAAUCUUGGGAAUUUUUACAGUAAACACUAGCUUGAAUUACUGUAGAAAUUUUUGAGUUCCGGUACUUUUUUCGAAAAAUUUAUAAAAGUGAUGCCGUGUUCAACGUAAUUCUCGCGAAAUUCAGAAUUUUCUCUGAUCCUCCAAAUUUUAGUUAUCUUUUUCACUGUUUGACACGCUUUUUCGAAAUAACGGCAAUAAUUUUUGACUCAAAAUAGUUUAGAUGAAAAAAAAAUUGUUGGAAAUACUGUAAAAGUCAGUUUUAUCAGAAUAUUGGUUCAUUUUUGUAAUCAGGAAAUGCGGAAAGCUUGUUUCUAUGAAAAAGCUCAAAUUUUUUUCGAGAAGAGAAAAAUUAUUUUCAGCCUUUUUUCGAUAUUCAUUCUGAAAAUACUCGAUUUUUCCGAAGUUGAAAAAUAAUUUUCAGCCUUUCUUUGAUAUUUUUUCCAAAAAGGAACGAAUUUUUGGUUCAGAUCGUCGAUGAAAACGUUGUCGGCGAGGCGAAAAAGCAGCUCUAUCAAUUGCUGGAACCCAAAAUUUCCGACGAAUCAACUCUGAAGAAAAUCCUGGCCUCUGGUGAACUUCUCGACCUGGAAACAGCGACGGAAAUGGCCCUGGCCCAAUGUGAAGAUCAGAAAACGGUGACGUCAUGCCGGGAAGUGUUGUCGGACGCGAGCGGCUCUGCGAUGCGGUUCGAGUGGAUCGACUCGGUCUUCGUGAGGGCCUACUUAAGUGGCCACUGGCUUCUGAUUGAAGACGUCAAUUUGUGCAGGUCGGGGAGAAAAGAGGGGAUAUUUAGGGAAUUUAUCUGUCAGAUACGAAAAACUCCAAAAUUCAUCGGUUUUUUUUUCGAGAGAUCCAAAAAAGGACAUUUUAACUAUCAAAUAACGUAUAGAAAUUCAUAUUUUCAUAUAUUUUUGAAAAAUAAAAGCCAGAAAAUUCGUUUAUUGUAAUUUGGUUAGAAAGAAGCAUAAAAUUGUGCGAAUUAGAGAAGAAAAAAAAGUUUCGAGUUUUUUUGAUGAUGAUUAGACCUGCGAGAACGAUUAAUCACUUUUUUUGUUGUUUCAGAAGCGGUUUUUUUCAAAUUUUUCUAGGGUUUUUUUACAAUUCACCAAGUAACCUGAAUGAGCAUUUUUUUUUAAAUUAAUUAAUAUUUUUUUCAUCGAGACUCAAUGGAAAAAAAUUCAUGAAACUUGUGAAAUUUACAUUUUGAAGCGUGCGGUUGCGGAACGGCUGGCCUGCACAUCUAACUUUCCGCGCGAAAUUCAAGCAAAGACUUUAUUCAGUUGAUUUUUUUGAUUAGGACUUCAAGACUUACCAGCAGGCGACGAAAAAAAAAAAAAAUUGAAUAAAAUGGAGGAUUUUUUUGGAACCGCAUGCGUUCAAAAAAAAUGGAAAAAAAUUUGACUCCGUUUUUUUCGUCUAAAUUUUAUUUAAACCUCAAAGUUUUUUUCAAACGUAAAACUUCCAUAUUUAUUUCGAAUUCAUAGACGAUUAACAGGCUUCCAGAAAUUUUUAAAGUUAUGGCUUGAAAUACAGUACCCUUAGCUUAGCUUAAUGUUGAAAAAGAACGUUUUGAUCUUUUUGAAUGGAAAAAGACUGUUUCAAAUAGAAGAAAACGUUUCAGUGCUGCCGUUCUGGACCGGCUGAAUUCUUGCCUGGAAAGCGGCGGAAAACUUGUCGUCGCCGAACGACAAAACUCCUACGAACCUCUUUCCCCUCAUCCCGAUUUUAGGUUGAAAAGUCGAAGAUCUUUUCCAAAAAUACAAAAAAAAAUCCAGAGUUUUCCUGUCACUGGACUCGCGAGCCGGGGAAAUCUCAAGAGCCAUGCGAAAUCGAAGUGUCGAAAUUUUCAUGGACGAGACGUCCAGGUUUGGACUUGAAAAGCUCAAAAAAAAAAUUUUUUUGUCAUAGAAUAGCUUUUCGAAUCGAAAAUUGUAGAUUUUCGGCAAGUUUUGACUCGAGAUAACAAACUUUCAAGGUGGCACACCAGCGUCGACGAUGUCGCGUCGGUAGUUAGCCGCGAGGAAUUGACGAUGUCGCAGGAAAUCGCGACAAACGUGUCGCGUCUCUCAACGGAAGAUCAGCUCCAUCUGGCUGUUCUACUCCGGGAAAUGCCCCUGGAAAUCGCUUGUCGCUACAUCGGCGUCGAAGAAUCGAUGGAAGACGAAGACGAAGAAGAACUCCUUCGGCCUGUCUGUUCAACGACAAAAGCCGUCUUGGUCCGGGAAAUCGCCGCACUGGGAUUGGCUUACGAUACGUGGCUCGCCAAUAACUGGAGAAAAGCCGCCGCGGAUCAGAUUGGUGUGGAAUAUUUGCUUCUCCCGUUCUUGUCCUCCACGUCUUCCGGGGUUGCCAAUCGAGUUCUUGAGAAGGUCUUCGGAAGAGUUUCAGGUGAGUUUUGGGGUGAAAAAAAUGUCUUUAAAUAAAAAAGAGGAGUUUAAAUGAAGAAAUUGUUCAAUUAUGCGAAAAAACCAACUCUUCCUUUUUUUCUAAUAUUUGAUUGUUAUAGACCGCUUCUUUUGGUGAUUUUCGAGGAAAAGUUUCAAAAAAUGCUCAGAAAAAGUGUCCAUUACAAGAAAAAAAUCGAUAUUUUUUUAUUGACGAGUUUCAAGUAUCUAUAACUAUAACAUUCAACCAGAACUGAAAAUGAAAAUUCGAUCCUUCAGAAAAAUUUGUUCAACCGAAGUUAAAAAUCAAGAAUUUUUCAACUAGGCGCUAUAAUGGUAGGAAGAAAUUUUGGGUCCGCAAAUAUUCGUGAGCGUGAAUUGUGCAUACACCAAUCUUGGGGAAUCUUCGCAAGUUCAAAUUUUGGAAAGCGAUUAACCGAUAAAAAUCAAAAAAGAGGUGAAUAUUUCCAAAAAUCGCUUUCCAAGACUCAAAUUUGCAAAGAUUCGAAUCCCCAAGAUUGGUGUAUGCACAAUUCACGCUCACGAAUAUUCGCGGACCCAAAAUGCUUUUGUCCAUAGACGCAAUAUUUUACGAGAAGCUUCCAGUUAAUUUUCAGAUUUUUUCUUAAAUUGAAACAAAAAUUUGAGAUUCAACGCCAUCAUUUUCCCUUCAGAAUCUUUCUACACCCGAGUCCUUCCCCUUUUGCCUUCCCCAUCACAUCGUCUCAUCGAUUCUACCUUCAACGCAGGUCGGAAGUCUUGGAACAAGGAAAAAGAGACUGAAAAGUGAAAUUUCAAGAAAAAUUGGAGAAAAAUCAUAAUUUCAAGGUUCACCAAUAACGUCGUUUUUGAAUGGGCUCUACAACUCGCCCAGAAAAUCGAAGUUCUUCAUGGAUCGGCUGAACAUCUUUGCAGGACCAUGACCAAGUGUAAGUGAUCGAAAAUCGGCUGUUUGACUGUAGUUUGAAAUUUUGGUCUUAUCUAAAAAUCUCAGGUAGUUGGGUGAAAAAUGAGAUUUGAAAAAGACGCACCCAACACAACUUUAUAGCAAAUUGCAAGCGAUAUCGCCAAGGAUUCAUGCUGCGAUAUCGCUCCUUCUAAAAAAUUUGAGAUCAAAAAUUAUUUUCCAUUUUGACUUUUUUGAGGAAAUGACAAAAAAACAGAGCAUCGUCAAAGUCUCGCUGCGAUAUCGCUCCCUCCAAAAAAUUUGAGAGCAAAACAUUUUUUUUAACUUUUGACUUUCAGCGAUAUCGCCAAAAUGUAGCCGCUAUAUCGCUCCCUCGUAUGAAUUUUGAUUCGAUGGAAUGGAAAAAAAUUAACGAAAAAAAUAGCUAAGACUUCUUGCUGCGAUAUCGUCAAAGUCUCGCUGCGAUAUCGCUCCCUCUAAAAAAAAAUUGAGAUUGAAAGUUAUGUUCCAUUCUUGACUUUCAUGUUGAAAUCGAACAAACUGGAAGAAAAAAAAACUUAAAAGAGCGAUAAAGCGCAAGAUUUUUGCGAUGUCGCGCCGAGAGGUGAGCUAUAUCGCUCGCGACAUAGCGUCAUUGUCGUUGAGAUAUAGUCCAUAAAAAAGAGGCCAAAUUUGGAAAUUUCGUGACUCAUUUUUGCAAAAAACUGUGAAGUUCAGGCUUAACUCCCGCUAAUUAUGUGUUGAUUUUUGCUAAAAAUGAGUUUUCACAACAAAGAUUCAAGCCAAGCGAGUUUUUUUUGCCCUCAAUAACCAUCCAGUCAUAUGAGCUUCAUUGAAAAAAAAAAAUCAAAAAGUGAAGAUUUUUGUGAAAUUAGGUUCCAGUUGAGUUAACGCGCUUUACGGUUACAGUUUGUGAUUUUAUUCUGUCUCACUUCUCAUAUCUCACUAUGGUUGGAUCAUCGCGUACGUUGUUAAAAAAAAACAAAAUUUUUUUUGCAAUUUUUAAAUUCUAUCAUUGAAUCACUUUCUGGCUGUAUUUCACGGCUUUUUUUGUGAAACAGUAAUUUAUUUUCCGACUUGAAAAAAAUUCAAAAACAGUUGUAUGAGCUUCAUUUUAAAAAAAAGUUAUUGACCCCUAAAGUGGCUACUAAAACUUUUAGUCGUCUAGUAGUAGCACUUAGACCUCUAUAGUGGCCACUAAUUUUUAACCCCUUGAGUGGUCACUAAGUUGACUACUACAGUGACUAAUAAAACGUCAAAACCCUAUAGUGGCCACUAAAAAUUUUCCCAUACCGGCAGUUUCUUGAGCAAUGAAGUUUUCCACAAAAACUUUCUCUCUAGGUUUUUUUUUUCCUUUUUCGCUCAGAAACUCAAAUUUCAGACGAAAUGGCCACCAGUGAACUCGGUUUUGCGAAUUUGCCUCAUAUCGCUCCAAUUAUCGAUGCGAUUUUGAAAACUCUGAAGGAUGGAUCGAUCAAAGGAGAUAGGGAAUCGGUAGCUUCAAAAAAAAUUAGGAAAAACAAUUUUAAAAAAUCUUAAAUUCAGAUUUUCUUAUUGGCGCUAACUUUCCUGCUGAUGACGUCAGCGGCCCGACGUCAACUGACGCCACGCGCCGGCUGCGCCCCACUGUACUUGGUCUGGAACGACGUUCAAAAAGCGCUCUCUUCCCAGAAUAUUGCAUUGUUAGCUUUUAUAUCUGAAUUCUUUGGCUUGAGAAAAAAAAUUACUAAAAAUUGUAUGAACUGUAGUUCACGGAAUUUGGAGUUCAAAGCUUGAAACUUUAAACUAAUUACUGUAAAUUUUGAAAAUGUUAUUUUCAAUUUUUCUUAAUAAUGCUCUUAGGUACAGUUCAUUGAAAGAAAAAAAGAGCAAAAAAAUAUUGAUUUUUAGAAAAAAAUUGAAGAAAUCGAUGAUUGAAUGAUUCCGGUUUCAAAAACUUAAAGUUCAAUCAAAAAGUCCAAUUUUUGUUUUAUGUAACCUUGAUCCCAGCAGAAUAAUAUUUUGGAUAAGUUUGUUUUGUAGGUGAAUCAAAUUUUCGGUUACAGUAGGUCGUUGAAAAAUUUUUUUUGAAAGUUUGGUUUUAAGCGGUUUUUUUUCAGAAUAUUCCCUAAGAAGACGUUUUUUAAGUCUCAAGUCAGUGGUUAUUGAACUGAACCCGAAAUUCAGAAAAAAAAAUCAUCUUUUUUCUAGACCUUCACAACUCGCAAUCAUCGCCGAAAAGUUGGACAAAGGCUGGUCCUCAGAAGCUCACGAUUCUUUUUCGAAAGAUUAUUUGGUCCGAUGGCGACGGAAUGCUCUGGUGAAACCGUUUGACAACAAGAAUCAGUGCGAAAGGUUGGUGACCUAGUGGGAUGCUUAGGAACGCCAGAGUGGUCCCUAGAGGGAUGAGAGGAAAAACAGCCCCUAUAGAGAGAAUUCAGUUGUUCCCUAUAUGGGUUUAAGUCUGAGACCUACGCCUCUAAAGCUUGAGUGGUCCCUAUAGGGAUAAGAGGAAACAGCCCCUAUAGAGGGAAAAAAUAGACCUCUGUAAAUGGUGAAACUUAGUUGAACCCUGUAGAGGUUCAGGGACUGAGCUUAGAGCCCCUAAAGCUUAAGUGGUCCCUAUAGGGGUUUCUAAGUUUUUGUUCAGAUUUGAAAAUUUGAAAAACAAACGAUAAUUUAUUCACAAUUAAAAAAAUGCUUAUUAAUUGAGGAUUUCUUUAAAAAUUACAUCUUCUAAUAGAGUUCUUAACAAUAAUCGACUUGUAUGCUCCCCUAUAGGGGCCACUUUUGCAAGCUUUAAUGCCUCUAUAUAGACACGUAAAGUGGUCCUCAGCAAAAAAAAGUGUCCCAGUUUUCAUAAAGAAAAAAACGCUGGCUUUUUUUUUCUUAUUUUUUGGUAUUCCCUUGGAAUUUUCGCUUUUCAACAAGUUUAGCUCCGUACUUGACCAAAUAUGAUUGAUUUUAACGAUAUUCCAGAUAUUCCAAUCAACUGGAGGAAGCUAUCUCAGCCGCUGCGGCUCAAAACUCAGAAGAAACUGAAGAUGUUCACAUGAACGAGGAGAAUGAAGAAGAACAAAAGGUGGUGAUUCCGAAAUCGCCGGUCGACGAGUCGUUGAGAUUGGCCGCCAGUGUCCAAGCUCUCCACGCCUUCUUUUCGGCUGGAGUUGUGGAUUUUGUGAGUUUCAGAGGUUUUCCAAAGGGAGAGGGUCUUUAAGUGUAAGUAAGGGAAAAUGAGUAGGAAAAUAGGAAAUGGUAUGUGGAAUUUAACGAAAAGUUGUAUUUUAUGUAGAAAAAAAGACAAAAAAGUCGUAGUUCUGGUAAAAAUUAACAAAAAAUAUCGCAUUAUCCAAAAAAAAACAGGUCAAGCUUUAUAUUUCUCUAUUUCUUCCUUUUUUUAGAAGGGACUCGAUUUCUGAAAAAUACAGCAGCAAAAUAAUGAAUUUUAAAAAUUAACGAAAAAAAGUGGCAUUUUAUGUAGAAAAAAAGACAAAAAAAGUCGUAUUUCUGGUACAAAUUAACAAAAAAAUGGUAUUAUUUUUGAAAAAAACAACAGGUCAAGCAUUAUAUUUCUCUUUUUUUUCCCUUUUUUUAGAAGGAUCUCGAUUUUUUUCAAAAAUACAGCAGCAAAAAUAACGAAAAAAACUGGAUUAAAAAAAUGCCGAGAUUUUUUUGAAAAAAAUCAUAAUUUUUAGGCUUUUCUUCAAAGUUCUUGCGAUUUUUUUGAGCUCCAAAUUCAAACUUCGCUCAAAAAUUCAUCAUUUUGGUUAAUUUAAAAAAAUUUGAAUACUUGAGAACCCGUAAAAAAAGAAUGGUAGCUCGAGAUAAUAUUCUCGAAGGUCUCGACGCGAUUAGCAGAAUAGCGUGUAAAAAAAUAAGAGGUUUAGACGUAUUUUUCCAGUUUCAGAGUGAAUUGAUCUUUUAAAUUAAAAAUAUUUCCAUGAUGUUUCCAUGAUUGACCGAUUCAUACAGACUUACUAUUAUAUAACUAAAGCCAAUUUUCAGAGCAAUCCAGUCUUCGUGAAGCUCCGCCCCUUCGACGGACUCAACUGGAGUGACCCCUCGGCGGCACGAUGGCUUCAGAUGGCGGCGGCGAUGUCGACGACCCUCCGCACGUCUUCUGAAGACUCCGACGUCUGCGUCUUGCCUAGUUCUACCGGCGGAGCCCAUUCUCUCAUCUCGCAUUCCUUCUUCACCGCCUUGUCUUUUGAUCCGACUCUACAACUUCUGGCCGUGGCUCAUCUUCAGAAUCUGACCAUGAAAGAGCUUCGGACAAGGCUGUGGAGAUUUUCGCUGAAUUCGACGCCGUUUUCGGAUUCUUUGGGGUGAGGAGAAGCUGAUAAGGAAGGUCAUUUCACUUUGGGGGAAGUAAGUGGAAUGAAAAGUUUUCUGGGGAUCGAGCGAAAAUUUACCUGAAUUCUCAACACUUUUUGGAAAGUAUGGGCUAGAAAUAGACCAUGUUAGCGUUUUUGUUGGUUUUUCUUCAGCUUGAGGUGAAAUUCCUCGAAAAUUAGGUAGUUCUGCUUUUAGGGCAUUCAUCUGGUAAAUUGAGAAGUUCUCUGGCCAAUUUUAAAGAAAUCCAUGACCCCAAACUAAAAUGACCUUUUUUGUAAAUUCCAUACGGCUUUUUCCAGAAACGCUCUGUUGAAACUUCAAAAUGGAUUGGCUGGCUGGAACGAGCCGAAAGAAGCCGUCAGUUGUUGGACUGAAAGAAUAAAUUCCGGGUUGGAGAUGAUGAGAAAAGUUUGAUAACUCCAAUAAAAAGAAAAAAAAAUGAGGAUUCAGGCUCUUCCACCGAUGGACACUCUGGACCCGGUCGUCUUCGAAGAAGAACGCCUUCUUUUUGUUCAAAAGAAAAGAGAAAUCGUCGAGAAUCAACUGCAGCUUCUGGCCAGUUAUAGGAAGCUCGUGUCGAGGUGAGAAAGAAGAAUGAGACAAAAAUAAUAUUUAGACAUAUUAAGAAGUUCAUGACGAUUCAAAAAAAAAAAAUGAUAAAAUCCCAAAAAAAUGUUUGUUAGUAAAAGGAUAGAGAUAGAAGACAAAAAGUGGAGAUUCCAGAGAAGUGAGAGCCUCUCUUUCUCUGCCGUCUCUUCAGAGCGCCGCUGUUCUUGCUUUCAAUUUUUUUUUUUCUCAGCCCUCACAGAACAAAAAUGAUUUGCAUUUCGUAUAGUGCUCUUUUGAACAAGGGAGAUCAUUUUAAAGUGAAGUUUUAUAUUACCGAAAAUAUUGAUUUUAGUAGAAAAGUCUAGAAGGUUUUAUGAACUUUUGAAGUUUGGUUUCAACUUCUUUUUUACCCGGAACUCUCAGAAUCUAACGUUUUGGUGAGGAAGAAACUAUGAGGAAGCAUAAUUCAGACUUUUAAAGAAUAUUUGAACGAAUUUUUCCAGGAAAAAUUUCAAAGUUAAUCCUGAAAUUAUCUUAUUUUUUUGAGUAUUUACUUAUCCCAAAAAAAUUUUUAUUAUGUUCAAAUCAUCUUUUUGAGACAUUGAGUUUAUUUUGAAGACCACAGAAAAAUAAAAAAAUUUUUUUUUCAAAGAAACCCUAUGAAAUUUUCCAGUCGAAAAACGUCGAUUUUUUUAAAAAAAUUUUUUUCUAAGUUUUCCAUGUUUCAGGCAGUCCCCAGAAUGCGAUUCCAUGUCCUCCCAUCCCAUCAUUCGUCGUCUGAAUCAAUUGAGACAAGAACUCGUUGCUGCAGAAAAAGACCACAACGAAGAAGUUGAGCAGAACAAGGAAGCCGUUUACCGACAAUCUGCCAAUCAAGUUUCAUAGUGAAAAUUGUGAAAAAUAAUACCAAAAUUUAGUACUCUGCCCUCUGCGCCGAAAUGCGAUCUUUCUUCGACGUCGCCCUGACGACGUCGUCAGAAGCGUCGAAGGAAAGAACAGAAGAAGAUGAUCAGAUGGCUUCUUUGGCCAUUCGAACGGCCCAGCUGACCUCCUUCCUCAUGAGCGCUCAGAGCUUCCGACAGGUUUUUCUGAAAAAUAAAACAGACUAGCAUCAAGAAGAACAGUAGCAUGUAAAAAUGGUUCAAGAGCACCUUUUUCAAAAUUAGGUUUCAAAUUUCUAUGUCGUGGCUCCAAAAUUACCUAGAAUAAUUUUAUCAAUCAUGUAUCAGUGUAUCAGGCCUUGUUAUAACCGAUUUACGGCUAACCUGAGACAAAAGGGGGCGUGGCCUCUCUGCGCUCUCCACUAACCAAACACUCUCUCUGUUUUUAUCGUGUCAGGACCAUUUUUUUCUGAUGUCUCAAGCCAGCCAUGAAUCAGCUAUAACCAAGAACGGACGCCCCCCGGCGUUUCUAAGCAUUUCUAGGGAUCCCUUUAGCGGCUUCAAACCUCUUAAGUGACUACUUGAAAUGCUCAGAAACGUCCGCUUACCGAAAACAAAGUACCCUCUUUUCAGAGUUUUGAAAGCGAGCUUUACAGUUUUUCGAGCCGUAUAAAUUUGCUUCACUGAGCUUUCCCAAUGCUCGGCUGGCUGAAUUAAAUUAAAUUUUGAUUUUUUGAGUAAGAACCGCGGGUUUUUUGAAAAUGUACUGGAAAAGGUGCUGAGAAAAAAGAAAACGUUUGUCAAUUUUUUUAUAAAUAGUUUACUGCGAGACUAGAGUUUCACUGUCACUUUUUGGUUCAUCUCUCGAAAUAGUCUGAUUUCUCUGCGCUCUCGUAUCCCUAUGCGGCAAGGGAAAAGAGCGCAGACAGAUCAGACUGUUAAAAAUCGAGAUAAUGCUAUAUAACUGGUUCCCGACAAGCAUGGAGCUCAAAGUGGGCGUGGCCUGACUGUGCUCUCCAUCAACCAGGCUUUGUCUUGUUUCAUAUCCUGGCAUGACCCUUUUUUCGAUGGCUCAAGCCGCCAAUCAGCUCCAUAUCUGUUCUACACCCAAUGACUUGAUUUCAGACGUUGCUCCGCAAGUACACCUCCUUCGUUGACGUCACUUCUCCGUUCAUCGCCGGCGUCAUGUUGAUCGAGUGCGCCUUGAGAGAAUCUUCCAGGAAGUUGGCUGGAGAACAACGCGGACUCGAGCUCGCCACUGUGGCCUUCCCGAAGUUCUUGAAGGUGCCUAGAACAAGAAAAAAGUUAAAUGGGGAGGGGGGUUGGCUGAAAUGUUCUAUUUUUUUGUUCCUUUUUCAUGUUUUUCAUUUUCACAUAGCCGACAGAAACCAGAAUUAGUCUCACUAGUCGUCUUACUCUAAUUAUAAAAGAUAUCGUCCUAGUUAAGAAAAUUCUGAGGGGUUCAGGUGCAACCGACGGUCGACGGGCCGCUCAGCCCUGAAGUGACCGCUUGGGCCCUUCGUGACGCCUCUCCCAUGCCGCUCCGUCUGAAAGCGACUCUCGUCACGAGAAGACUCACCGAUGACGUCACUCCUCGAGAUUCCGCAGUUAUAAGCGGAGAACCCAUCUUCGACCUGCAAUGGACCCGACUUCAGUGGAAGAAAUGGUGGCUCAAAAUAACUAAAAUUGAGAAUUUCUGAGCUCUAGGUACGAAAGAAACGUGGCCAAAGCGGCCGAGAAGGACUUCGUGUACCGAUCGAAGACCGAAGAAGAAAAAGAUGAAUUGGACGUCGUCGAGUUCUUCUCAAAUGUAGAUUCCAACGGAAGAAACAUGGAGUUUAAGAGAUUUUCUUGUAGGAAAAUCAAGAGAAGGAAAUUCUGCCCGCUUCUGACGUUUCUCUGAUGCUCGAGGCGGUUGAAGACGUUGGAAAAGGGUGAUUUUUUGAAGGGAAAACGACGAAAAUGUCCUUUUUUGUGAAUUUGAAGGUUUUAGAAUUGAAAAAAGUUGAUAGAAAUACAAAUCGAGUAAAAAGUUUCACUACAAUUUUCCAAUAAUUGGUUAGUUCCAGAUCACUCGUCGAAGAAUCCGAACAAAAAGCCUCAGUUUUGCGAUAUCGCAUGGCUCUCGCCUGGAUCCGACACGUCAUCGGAGGCGUUGACAAAAUGCCAAACGAUGACGUCACGGCUCUAUUGAACAUUGGUUUAACUUAAAAUGGAGAUGAUCCAUCAAGUUGGACGAGUUCAGACAGUGAUCAGACGCUUCUGGAGUUGAUCUCAAAGCGAGAAGGACUGUGUGACGACGGCGGGAAGGAGGAAAUCAUCGAUGUUUAUAGGUGAGAAGGGAUUUUAAAUGGAUUUGAGAAGCGGUUCCAUUUUUUCUUUUUUUUAAUGAAUUUUUCGCCUUUUUUAUCAUUUUUAGGUGUAGUCAAAGUCGACUAAAAACGGGGUUAAACAAGAAAAAUUAUUGAUUUUUGCCGAUAACUUGCGAAUGAAUGUAGUUUGAACUCUAAAAAAUACAUAAUGAACAUCUUUUUUAUACCCUCAGAGGGGUGGGCUUUUAAACUCCUGUGGAAUUUUUUAGAUGUUUUCUAGCUUUUACUUGAUCAAGGAAAGUUUAUAAACUCAUUCAGAAGUUCUUUUUUUCUGUUCUAAAAAUAAUUUGCAUUUCAGAUAAUUUUUUUCUUGCCAAAUUGUAUAUUUUUUUCUCAAACCGAUUUCUUAUAGAAACUCGUCAUUGAGAGAAUGUCGCCGAGCGGCUGAAAUUCUCGAAAAAUUGGCCGUGAGGACCAGGGAAGUCCAAGAACGAUGGUCCGAGGUUUGAAAUAUUUACAAUAUUGAUAAAAAAAUUUAUAGAGUGUGAAAAAUUACAUUAUGAAGAAUCGGAAAAAUAACUUAAAGAAAUCAAAAAAACCUAAAAAUCUGAAAAAAAGGGGUCUGAGAGGAAGAUACGAUAAUAUUCCAAAUUAAAAAAAGGCCUAUGAAAAAGCUUUUUGAAAAAAAUUAAAUUUUUCCAAAUUUCUACAUACUUUUAUGAGUUACUUCCAAAUUGAGGAAUUCAAAUUUUUUUCGUUGUGUAGUUUUGAAAAACAUUGUGAAAUCUCGAUUCUACUCAAAAAUUUGUCAAAAAAAUAAAUUCAAAAAAAUUUUUUUUUGAGCUUGGAAGGUACAUUAGUUGAAUGUACAUGAAAAAGGCACGCUGAGAAGCUAAAAAAAGUUGGUUUUUUUCUCAAUUCCGAUAAUUUUUGCGGUGCAAGAAAGUUGGAGAAAAACUGAAAAUUUUCGAUAAAACGAAAAAAUUUAAUCUUUUCUUUACUUUUUUUGUUCAUUCACUGUAAGAACCAGAAUAAAAAGUGUAAAGAUGGAAAUACGAUUUUCUCCAGGUCGUCGCCCUGAAAAACGUGCUCCGGGCAAUCGAAGAGUUCAGUGCGACGCCCAUUUCGACUCCUCAUAUCAAACUGGCCGGCCAGAUCGAAAAACUCAUCGGUGAGGGCAGAAAAAUGUCUAGAUUGGACCAGAAAAUGGUUUAACAACGGAAUUUAUUAUUGAAUCAUGCCUCUUGACAAAAGAAGACUUUUUAUAAAGGCGAAUUGAUAUACUAAUGAUUUCUCUCGGUUCGCAGGCUCAAUCACGAGUUUUUCGAUGGUAGAAAGAAGUUUCGGGUCCGCGAAUACUCGAUAGCGUGAAUUGUGCAUACACCAAUCUUGGAUGCUCGAAUCUUUGAAAAAUUUGAAUCUUGGAAAUAUUCACCUAUUUUUUUGAUUUUUUUAAAUAAUUUUUCCAAUUUUUUUGUAAACAGAAGUUGAUGAAAUAUGCAAACAACAAUAAAUAUUGUUUUUUCUCUUUCAGAAGAAUGUGAUCACUGGGAACAAAUGGCGGAUCGUGCAAAUUCGCUCCAAGAACCGCUGAGAGCCCUUCAGGGGCUACUUGUCGAUUGGAAGAAGAUGGAGGUGGAUUUUGGAGUUUAGAGCGAAAUUUUGGAAUAAAAAUCAAUCGAAGGAUCGCGUUUUUUUACAAAUUUGAGCUUGUGAAUUUUGAAAUUUCGCAAUUUCCAAUUCGAAUAUUGAAUGGAAAGCUUGAAAAAAAUUAGAAAAAAAGUUGACCAAUAAGAUUUUGAGGUCUUGUUUGUUAUGAGAAAACACGAAGAAAAAUCAUCGAAAAAAAUAAAUUUUUGAUAAGAAAAAGUUCAUUCUUUAAGUUCUCCUUUUCAAAUAAUAAAAAUAAAAGUUCUAAAAUUUUUUAAAGGUCCGCUGUUGGUCUUCUCUGCUCCAAAGAACAGAAGCCGACGCAAAACAACGGACUCAACUCGUCGCUUUUCCCCUCUUCGAGGCUCUUUACAACGCCGAAAGUAUGUUCCACCGAUAACUCCGCCAAAUUCCUUCAAUUCCUUAUUUUCCAGCCCCCGAAUCUCUUGCCUCGAUCGUUCCAAUGGCGGUCGAAUGGAUGCACAACGCUUCGAUCGUCGAUUUUUCCACCCGCGUGACAACCGUGACGUCACUUGCCAAGUGGGCGGAGCUUCUGGAGAAGGCGGAGCUCGCGAGUAGGAUUCGGUCGGCUGCAUCCCAUUUCCGACAGUUUAUCCCGGUCGUCGAGGAGAAGCUCAAGGAUGAGAGGUUUGGACGGAUCUUUAAAGUGCGGACAGAAGGAAAAACAAUUUUUUUCUUCGAUUUUCAGAUACAGACACAAUCUCAUGUAAUAUGAGAUUUAUUUCGAUUUUCUAAAGUCAUUCCAAUUUUUUGAGCUACCUGUUUUGUUGAUAAAGUUGGGAAUUUUCUGAAGUCACAGAUUAUUGAAAAUCGGUUUUAGUAGUAUACUUCGGAACUCCAGAGUGGUCCCUAUAGGGGCUACCUUAGGAGCCCUUGGAAGAUCUCCUUUAGGGACUACUUAACCAACCUCUAUAGGGGCCACUAAAGCUUGCAAAAGUCCAAUCCCUAUAGGGGACAUCCUGGUCGAUAAUUGCUAUGAAAAAGCAUUUCCAUAGAAAAAACUGAAUAAAUAAGUGUUUUUUGAAUGAAUUUGUAGACCCCUAUAGGGACCACUUAAGGGGCUAAGGGGUGAGACCUUAAACUCCUUGAGGGACCACUUAAUUUUUACCUCUAUAGGGAUCACUUAUUCGGCCCCUUUAGACGAUGUUUCCUCCCCCUAACCCCUAUAGGGACCACUUUGGAAUUCUCCAGUAUAAGGAAAGUUCAAAAAAUCUACAAGUUCUAGUUUGAAUUUUUAAAAAAUUAAAAAGUUCCAUUCGUCAAAUCCUUAUUGCACAAGCUCUGAGACUUGAAUUUUUAACGACCGCGUUUGGAAUGGCUCGACGCGUUGCGGUCGCGCUGCGUCUUUAGUCAAGGCUUUGAUCGAAGUUUCGUUGAGCCAUUCCCUUUGCGGUCAAUCGGUUUUUAAAUGUUUCAAAUUUUCGAAGACACAAUGAACAAGCGUAUCUGCGUUAUGAAAAUGUUCUGUAACUGGAAUCUAGUUUUGGAAGGAAAAACCUGAUUUUUUCCAAAAUUGCUUCGAGAUCUAUUCCUGGAAGUCUUCAGACAAAAUCAGAAAAAAUUCCUUUCUUUAAAAAAAAAAUCAAUUUUUUUCUAAUUGAGAAAAUGGCUAUAAAAAUCUAUUUUUUUGGUUCGAACCUUCAAAAAACAACGUUUUCCAGAGAUUUCGCCGAGAUGAACCUCAAAGACUACCUGAAAAUCGUGAAAUACAAAGACCUGAACCUCUGGAGCAUCAAAGUCUCCUCACACAAAGCCCAUAUUCAACUCUUCAAGAUUAUUCGAAAAUUCAAGGUUCCAUCCGAAAAAAUCACAAAAUAACUCAGAAAAAUGUAUUCAGGACGCCGUGAAUCCCCAAAUUGACUCAGAUUUCGACAAUUUGUUGAAAAUGAACGAAUGGAUCAAGUUGGCGAAGCCUGACGUCAAUUUCACGUCAUCUGAAUCUUCUGACGACGUUCCCGAAGACGUCGCGGAGAUGAACAAACGGCUGAAAAGGGCCAGCAAGUUGGCUGGGAAGAUCUCGGAGAAUGGUUGGGCAAAUAUUGAGAAAAUGAAAAAUAAAAGAGGUUUUAGCUGCGAGUUUAUGUGAUGACGUGUCAUUGGUGGAAUUGACGGAGCAGGUCAAAUCGGCUGAUAAUUCGAUAAGGACCAUGAUAAACUAUGUCGGAGAGGAUGAAGAGAAGGUUGGAGUGUAGAAAAAAAUGGAAAAAUUGUUUUUAAAAAAAGUUUGUUGUUUCAGAAAAAAAUUGGUUAAAAAAAGUUAGAAAAAAAUUAAUUAUUUUUUUUGGGUUUUUUUGGUUAAAAAAAUAGAUUUCCUACUUUUUUUAUUCAAAAAAACCCGAUUUUUUUCCGAUUUUUUUUAGCCUGAAUUUUUCAGUUUCAUUUUAAAAAUAUUGAUCUUUAACAAUUUUUUUGAAACAAUUUGAAGCUUAGAUCCUUAGAAAAGUUAAAAGUUUGAAUUUUCAAAAUUUUUCGGGCUUUUUCCAUAGCAAAUAAAGGCAAGAAAAAAAUAAAAAUCUCAGUGAAAAAAAUACCAAUAAAUCAAUUAAUUUGAUUGUUUGAGGAAGUUUCUUAGCUUCAAACUUUUUUUAUUUGUCGGAUAUUUGAAGUUUGAAGCGAAGAUUUUAUUAUGAUAAUGAAAAAUAAGUUGAUUAACAACCAAGAAAUGUGUACAUUUUGAGAUUUCUAUAAAAUUUUUUUGUGGUUUUUGACGUUGAAUUGAAUUAUUUUUCGAAGUAUUUCUAAAAAAAUGAAGAAAACAUCAUUUUUUUAUAAAAGUCUAGUUACCAUUAUGAAGAAAUCAUAUGUCAAAAAAAUAUUGAUUUUUCAUAGAUAUCUUCAUAAUGUUAACUGGACUGUUAUAAGAAUGAUAUUUUCUUGAUUUUAUCUUUUUGACGCCUAAGAUGUCCUGAAGCUUGAUUUUUUUACAAAAAAAUAUGUUUAUAUUGGCCUGAUUUGAUUUUUUUUAAUAUUUAAAGUUUUCGUAGUAGAUUGGAACUUUUCAAGUAUCACAUUCCGAAUUAUUCAAGGAAAAGCAACAAGGCUACGCAAGGAAUUCGCGACAACGCGAAGUCGCGAUGGUCCUGAAGGAGUCGCAAGCGAUUGGAUGGAACGCCCGGAGAGCCGUCGCCCUGAAGGCAGAAGCUCUAAAUGAGUUGUCUGUUUCUGGGGUUCCGCAAGGCGUUUGUGAGGUGAGUUUCGGGGAAUUUGAUUCGCGAAUUGAAGGGCGGGACUUCUCUGCGCCCUCCUCGUCUCUCGACGACCCUCUCAUAUUCAAGCGCUAUUCUCGCGUUUCUCUGACCUCCCCGGUGAGAGAACAGAGAGACGCAGACACGCGAAAACUGUCAAGUCCCGGCGGACAGGCUAUAAGCAUGCAAAUAUUUGAAUUUUAUUCAGUUUUGAAUUAUUCUAGUCUCCAGAAUGAGUAUAGGUCUUUAUCGUGAAUAUUUAAGAAUGCGAAAAAAAAAUUUUAUAGUGCAAAACGGAUAUUUGUUUGAUUUUUAUUAGGAGAUUUCAAAUUUUAAUACGAUCCGUGCAAAAUGGUGUUUAAUGAUAUUUGAGAACAUUAAAAAAUUGAAAAAAAAAAUCUUGAAAGUUGAAUAAGUUUCCUAUUUCAAUAAUACUUUAUAUCAACUUAUUCUUUUGGGUUUUCAAUCGUUUCUUCUCAGUUCUUCUUCCCAUUUGAUGUUCAAGGUGAAUUUUGAAAUAGCGGUCAGAGAGUGAAAAAGAUAACUUAAUUUCAGAGGGUCAGAGAUAAUUUUGAAUUCCGCCAGAAUUGCUUGAAGACGACAUUGCGAAUUUCCAGUCUUUUUUCUAAAAAAAGGUUUUUUUUUUCCAGAACUUGGUCAGAAACUGCUCCAGUGGCCGUAAUACCACAAUCCGGAAGGCCAAUAAAGUCAACGACCAAGUUGGAAUUUCCACGAGGAAGCAUUUGACGGGAAUGAUCGGUAUCUUGUACUGAAACUUGAAAUUUGAAGAUUUUCUUCUCAGAAUACGGUAUUUCCUGGCAAAUGAGCCUCCACCAGAAGAUUUCCAAGUACAGGGCCGAGAUUGACAAGAUUUCCAGCAGUUCCAAGGCGUUGAACACGGCCGUCGCGAAUUUCAAGGUUUUCGUUUACUUUGUCUUUUCAGGAGGAUUAUUAAGGGCUUCAGGUUUUUUUUUUUCAAUGUUAUUCUUAAUUGUUGAGAAAGUUACAGGAUUUAAAAAAAUUUUACAGCUUGAAAAGUUUCAUUUAUUAAUGAUUAUAAGGUGCUUGUAGAUAUUUCUUCCGACGAAAUCUUAGUUUUACUGUUUCGGAAGGAUUAUUUAUAGAUUCAAGAUGAUUUUCGGCUGAUCGUUCCUGUCGGAAAUAUAGAAAAUGAAUGAAAAAAGUUUCGAAAUGGAUAUAGUCGGAAAUUUGUCACAUUAGAUUAUGAAAAUUGAUUUUUCUCCAUGUAGGUAGUCAAUUUUAAGAGAUUUUCGAGGUUCUAGGAUGCAUUUAUCGAUUUCUAUCAUCAUUUAUCAUCAUUUGUAGUUUGUGGGAAUGAGGAAAAUUUUUGAAGCUUACCUUAAAAUCAGAUGCGAUUCAAAAAAAAUGUUUAAAGUGAUUUUGAAGGUUUUUUCGUGAUAAAAUUCUCUUUUCUUUUUCAGGAGCAUUAUUUUUAGGCUUCAGAUUUUUUUCUGAUGUUAUUCUUAAUUGUUGAGAAAAAUUACAGGAUUAAAAAAAGUUGUAAAGCUUGAAAAAGUUUUAUUCAUUAAUGAUUAUGAGGUGCUUGUAGAUAUUUCUUCCGACGAAAACUUAAUUUACUUUUUUUCGGGAGGAUUAUUUAUAGAUUCAAGAUGAUUUUCUGCUGUUUCGUUCAUUUUUUUGAAAGGAAAAUUUUUUCGAGAAAGAUGUAGUUUGAAAUUUGUUACAUUAGAUCAUAAAAAUCGAUUUUCUCCAUGAAGGUAAGUCAAAUUUAAAAAAUAGUUCACUUUACCUUUUCAAAGGGAUUAUUUAAGGCUCCAGGUUGUUUUUUUAUGUUAUUCUUAAUUGUUUAAAAAAAGCGAGAAUUUCAAAAAAUUAUCAAAUUUCUUUGUGACUUCAAAAAAGCGAUUUUUUCCAUGAAGGUAGUCAACUUUUUGUCAAUUUUAAGAGAUUUUUGAGGUUCUAGGUUGCUUUAUUCCUGGUUUUUGGGAAUCAGGAAGAUUUUUCAAGCUUUUCCUGAAAUCAGGCGCUUUUACAAGAGCUUUUUUUUUUUCAAAACGCCAAUUUUCUCGAAUUCCUUGCAUAAGGAGAUGAAAGUACUACUGAAAAAAGAAGGAAUAUCAUAUUUCUGAGCUUUUUAAAUUAUUCCAAGUUUCAAGGCCUUUUCCGGGGACUACGGUUUUUUUUGGAGAGACAAAAAAGGAAAAAAUUGGAAUUCUAAUUGGAGAAUUUCUUACAGGAGGAGUGGCACAUUGAUCACGAGUCUUUGGCUAGCGAUAUCUCGAAAGUCGACGAAAACCUUCGGAAUAUCUCCAUUUUUGUCUCGGCAAUGAAACGACGAGUCGAAUCGAUUCCUGAUAAUGUCAAUGACAUUGGUUUUAAAGAUAAUUUGAAGGAAAUUUUGGAGUUUCUGGUUCAGACGCUUCAUGUAGUGAUCAUCUCCAUCCGCUGUCCAAACUCGGGUCCAACGAUGAAACGGCCAAAAAAGUCCGGCAACUCGUCGGCCACCUCGUGAACUUGUCCGACACGAUGACCUUGACCAAUGGAAACUGCGGAGAUCGCAAGAUUUAUGAGAAGUUUGUGUGGAUUUCAAUAAAGAACAAAUAAUCAAUAAUAUAAAAAUAAUAUUAAUUCUGUUCCGACUUUUUCAAUAAUGAGGGGGUAUAGGGGUGAAGGACUCAUUUUUUUGUUAUGAUUAAUAUUAUUUCAUAUUUAAUUUAAAAAAAUAAUAUAAUUAAAAAUAUAAAAUAAUAUUAAUACUAACAAAAAAAUGAGGUACUUCAGCUCGAUUAGGGAAAGAAAAUGCGAAACCAAAAAACACGGUGGGCGGAGCCAAACUAUCCGCCGUUCCCACAUGACGUCAUGGGAACGGCAGAGCAAUAAAAGGGCAUAUUAAAGGCGCAGGUCGUCGUAUUACCAGAGGUCUUUGAAACGAAUCGAAAAUUCUCUACAUAAACGAAAUUUUCUGCGCGAAAGCAGCGCAGUGUAUGCACACGACACACGACACUUUACGGAGAAAAAGUGGGCGUGGCGUCCAUGUCGAGAUAAAAUCCCUACGUUUCGAAAUGGCUCGAUCUAGCGAGACCAAAUCCUUUUUUUUAAGACAAAAAUGUCGAUUUUUAGGUCAAAAAUUCGAUUUUUUGAGCUUCUGAGAGGCGAUCUUGGUUAGGAAUCGAAAAAAUUUUGAAAUUUUUGUCUCAAUUUCUAAAAAGCAUAUCUUGAACAAACCUUUCUAGGAAGAUAUCAGAACUUCAAAAAAAAUAAUGCGGUUGCAGAAAUAACAGCUCUUUCAGAGCGAGUUUUGAUGCUCCAUAGACAAUUUACUUCAAGAUGUUCCAUUCCGGAUUUUUUGCGUUAUACCCAAAUGUUUUCAAUGAACUCAAAUUACCGAAAAAGAAUUAGUCCGUAAAGAAAACGGAAAAAAUCAUAGUUCCUCUACUUUUCCGUUUCAAAAAGUUUACAAAUAAUCAAAAUCUGGCUUAGAGGGAUGAUAAGAAAUGGGAGUGAUAAAACUGAAAAGUUUAAAGUUUCUUCAUUUUUAGUCAAAAAUUCUCGUUCUAGCGAUCAAAAUCUUAUUUUCAGAGUGAAAAAGUAACAAAAUUGUAAUAAUUAUUCAUUUUUUUUCAAUUUUCACGCUUCAAACUUGUCAUUUUUGCGAAAUCUAUCUCAAUUUUGAAGUUAAGGUAACUGAAUGACAAUCAAUUUUAAAGGAAAGACGUCACGAUUUGGACCAACCAACACCUUUCGGACUCCAAAGAAAUGCGUUCCGUAGCUUCCGAACUCGCCCCUUGGUUCGCUGUUGAAACGGCUCAAAUUCUAGAGAUUUUGAAUUCAUUGGAGACGAUUGUCACGGUGAGAAGUGUUACAGAGAAAGAAUGAGAAGAAAUAGCCGUAAAAAUUGAAAAUAAGAAGGUUUAGAUCGCUCCAUUGAUAAAAUGGGUUUUAUUGGCUCUUUUCAGCUUUUCUUUUGGAGAAACUGCCAUUUUAAUCAGAUCUUUGGGUUUCAUAGCUUGAAAAAAUAGCUGCAACUGGUGGAUAAAUCAAAAAAGGCAUGUGUGCUCUAAUGAUAAAAUUUAUUUUUAUUCUGCGCUUCAAGGAUGGCUAUAUAUUUUCAGGACGAUAACAUUUUUUCGCAUUUUCCGAUGAAAACACAGAUCUUCUGCGAUCCAUGGAUAAAAAGAAAAAACGGCCUUUUAAAAGGUUUUAGCAGCAGUUAGCAAGGAAAAAGUCGAUUUUUGACUCGAUCUGUGAAUAAAAUGGAGCUUUGUUAUUAUCAAAAUGAAAUAUCCUAUGCCCUGGACGUUUCUGAGCUUUUUAGUGGUCACUUUAGUGGUUACGGCAAUCCUAAAUUUCAAGUGGUCACUUCAGUGACGCAGUCUCGAACUUCUAGUGACCACUUUAGUAGUUUCUGCACUCUUAAGUGAUCUCUAGAAUUUCUCAGAAACGUCCGGGCCGCCCCUGGUUUCCCUUACCGGGGUCCGAGCCAUCUUUUUCCAUUCAAAAAUUGUUUUCAUUAGAUUUUGAGCGCACAAGCUGAACUGAUAUCAUAUUGAAACCUUUUCGAAGCAAUUUUUUUCUUUUAUUUAUUUUAUCCGCUCUAAACUCACUUUUGCAGAAGCAACGCAAUAUUGAACCCCAAAUCAAGACUGUCGAACCGACGAGCCUCCUGAUGAUCGUCCAGAGCCUCUACAAAGACCUCGUUGAACUGAGGAAGGACGAGAAGCCGAAGACGGAAGACGAGAAGAAACUCGACGUCAUCAAUGUGGUGGCGAUGUCCCUGGAAAACUGUGACAUCCGAAGAGUCAUCACGUGGCUCGAGAGUCUCGUGGAAGAACUUCGGAUCGGAAUCUGCCUGGAGACGUCGUCCUUGGCGGUUCUGGCGUCGCUGGUCGACGUCGUCCGGAAGUUGUUGACGCAGUGCAAUGCUCUGCUGGCUGACACGCUGGCUCAGUUCUGCCAGUUGUACCAUGCCGUCCUUUCCUUGACCGUCCAGCUUUUUGAAAAGGUCAGAAUCGUUUUUCCUCAGAGAAUUUCUCUCCUGGGGUGUUUUGAAUGAAACCAGAUCCAAAAUUACAAAGUCGUUUUUUGGUCGCGGCGGGGACUGAACUUGAUACCCUGUAAACUAUAGACAGGCCCACAACCUGUUGCGCUCAUUUUUAAUCCAGAUUAUGGGAAUUUCUAUAAAUUCGUAAAAUAUUCAUUACAAGUCAAGAUGAACAGCACGGCGUUUUUGUUAGUGGGAGAAAAUGCGAAACCAAAAACACGGUGGGCGGAGCCAAAAUAUCCUCCGUUCCCACGUGACGUCAUGGGAACGGCUGAGAUUUCGGCUCUAAGAGCGUGAAUAAUAGGGCAUAUUAAAGGCGCAGGCCGCCGUAUUGCCAGAGGUCUUUGAGACGAAUCGAAAUUUUUCUCAUAAACGCAAUUUUCUGCGCGAAAGCGGCACAGUGCAUGCACAAGACACACGACACUUUACGGAGAAAAAGUGGGCGUGGCCUCGACGAAUGAACGCCAGACAUAAACCCUAUAGUUUUUUGAUUGGGAAUUUCAAGUUCCGUGUUUAAAAAAUAAUCAGGCUUGAAGCCUCUAUUUCCAUUUGUAGAUGAUCUUUGACCGUUCUGUUGUUUGAAAGGUCAGAAUUAUAACUUUACUUAUUGGUUUGAAAAACUUUUCUUAAAGCUUUGAAACGUCAGGCUUUAUCGUCUGAUGAAUCCGCUUUCACCCAUAACAUCUUUAGAAACAACGGUAAAGUCCAGAAAAAAGAUUUUUCCAAAAUGAGAGAUCUUUGAAAAACUGGUACUGUUAGUAGAUCUUCUAGAAUGUUUCCGAAAAUCGACAGUCCAACUCAUCUUUUUUUAUCAAACUCGUGUUUAACUCCUCUUUUUGACUAGGUAACGUUUUGGGGGGGUAAAAAAAUUUUAAAAACCCUAGUGAGACUCGCCUUUUCAGGGCUACGUAAACACGAUCCCGAAGGCCGAAAAACAGGAAUCUGGCGAAGGCCAAACUGACGAAGCCGGAGAAGGCGGCGGAAUGGGCGAAGGAUCCACUGCGAACGACGCCAAGGAUGUGACUGACGAGAUGGAGGAGACUGGACAGCUUGAAGGUCUCCAGGACGAACCGCCGGCCGAUGUCGACAACGACCGGGCGGACAACACCAAUGAGAAGCCCAUCGAGAUGGAAGAUGUGCGUUUCUAGAAAAAGUUUCUAGCUGAUUCACGGCCAGCUCUUGGGACGCUAAGGGAGCGUUUCCUGUCUGCGCUCUCCACGAGACAGGCGCUUUCUCGUGCUUUAUCGUUUCAGGACCCUUUUUUCGAUGGCUCAAGUGAGCCGUUGAACAUCUAUAGGAAUCUUUUUGGUCUAGAGAAGUGAAAAAAAAAACGAAUUAAGAUUUUCUAUGACUUUUCAGGGGAUGGUCUGAUCUCAUAUUGAGACUUUUAUGAAAGUUUUAUUCGAAAAAAAAAAAUUCUGCCAAAAGUUGAGGGCCUUUUUUCAAGCAUGUGAAGAGCUUUGGAAAAUCGUACUUUGGGUAAAAUAUUCUUCUAAAAAUUGAAUUAUCGAUUUUCUGUGAUGAGUUAAUCUACUUAUGAAGAGAACACAUUUUUUAGACCUAGUUCUCUUGAAAAAAAUUAUUUUUCGAGCACAGAUUCGGAAUCAGCAUGAAAAACGGCCUGUAUAGAACUUGGCCUUACUGGGAAAAUUUUUAAGUGGCCUCCAUAGGGUUUUGACGUUUUAGUGGCCACUUUAGGGAUUAAAAAUUAGUGGCCACUAUAGAGUUCUGAGUGGUACUACUAGAUGACUAAAACUACUAAAGUUGCCACUAAUGAACAAAUAGUGGCCUCUAUAGAGGUGGUUUUAGUGGCCACUUUAGUUUCCUCUUCAAGUAGUCUCUAUAGUGGCCACUAAAAGUUUCCCCAGUACUUGAAAUAUGCCUUUUGCUUAGAUUUAAGUAAUCACUUAAGAAAAUUUACUCUUGAUCACUUGGGCUUGUUUAAUGAUGACCAAAAGAUCAUUUGGAGACGUCUGAAAAUGAAAUAUUUCCAGGACUUCGCCGAAGACCUGCAAGACAUUGACAAGAACGACAAAGGCGGCCCGGACGACGAGGAAGGCGACGACGAAGAAGAGCCCGAGCCUGAAGAUCAGAUGGGCGACGUCGAAGAGGAGGACGAGAAACAGCUGGACCCGAAGCUCUGGGAUGACGAGGACGAGGAGGAACAGCAGCAGGAUCAGCAGAAGAACAUGGACCAGGAGAAUACUGGUUUUUUUAGAAAGUCCCAGAUUCUGUAAGAAGUUUCCUGAUUUCAGCUGCGGACCAGAAGACCGACGACAUGGUCGCCAAGGAAGACGAGCCUCAGCCUCAGGAAGACGGAGAACAGAAGCCGGAAGACGUCCAGGAAGACCAGGAGAACGUCGAUGAACGCGAUCGGGAAGACGACGACGGCGGAGACGUUGAUGACAAGAAUCAGCAACCGGAAGUUGAUGAAGAAGCCAGGAGAGAGGAUGAAAUGUUCGUUUUGGUCACGUUGGAGUUUUGCCAAUAUUUAGAGACUUCUAGGGAAACAUGACAUUUCUAAAGCUUAUUUUGAGAUUUUUUGAGUUUCUUGUUGAAUUCUGAUGCGCGAAAUUUUCUUGUUUCAGUUCUAGAACAGUUCGAACAAUGCUAAAAUUCAAGCUGAUCAAAAAGAUUCUAGGGAAAAAAGCGCAAAAUAUAGGGUUGUACAGUAUUUUCUACAACUCGAAAAAAAAAAUCAUGUGAUUUUCUGAAUUUUAUCUUGUCUUGUGGUGAAGAAAGUACGCUCCAUGGACAAAAUAUCAAAUUUUCGAUUUUUUUUUUUCUAUUUUUGAUUUUUCUUUUUUUGCCAUCUCGAAAGGGUAUAAUUUUCGAAUGAAGGGUUUAAUUGGAGCUUUAAGCUGUUAGAAGUUAUUCUUGAGGUUCUAGAAGUUUUUUUUCAAGUUCUUCCUCAAAUUUUAAUUUGAUUAAAGUUCCCUGCUUCAAUGAAAGUAACAUUCUCAAUAAAUUUUUCUAACGAUUUUAAAAAUAUGAAUUUUUCCAGCGGCCCUGACGACGACGAAACGAAAGGAGACGACAGCAACAUGGACGAGAUGAUGGAGGACGACGGCGACGAGACCGACAAGGAAGACGAUGAAAACGAAGAGACGAAAGACGGCGAGGGCGACGAGGAGAACGAAGAGAGCGCAGACGUCGAGAUGGACGAACCGCCGACGAGUGCCGAGGAGGACAAGGCCAAGAACGAAGAGAGCGAAGAGAAGAUGGAGCAGGGCACCGGCGGAGAGAGGAACGACGAGCAGAAGAACGACCAAGAGACUGGAGGCGCCAAUGAGGACGACGAGGAGGAGGAAGACGAGCAGAAGAAAGAGGAGCAGGGCGAGGGGAAGAGGUUAGUCUAGGGCCUUAGAAACUUCAUUGGUCGCUUUUGGAAUGGCCUGAUGGUUCAAUUUAGCGCAAGUUGUUUUAGGUCGGGCGCAACUUUUGACUGAAACGCUCCGCCAUUCCCAGUGCGACCUUCUUUUUUUUUCAAAGAAUAGCUUCAAUAAUUUUUUUUGCUUCUCACAACGAAAACACAAAGGUGUUACAUUUGGAAUUCUGAUGGGAAUUUUUAAAAUUGAAAAAAUUGGAAGUUGGAAUGGCCGAAUGCAGUUCAACUCAGCGCAAGUAGUUUUAGGUCGGGCGCAACUUUUAACUAAACCGCUCAGCCAUUCCCAAUGCAACCAAUUUAUUCUUUUUUAAGUCACGGAAAAUCGGAAAAAAAAGGUUUUUCGAAAUUGAAGAGGCAUUUGGAAAAUUUUUUUGUUCGAUAAAAAGAUCAAACAGAAUUCUGACGGUUAUUUAUAGAACCGAAAAAGUUAAAUUUGAAGCAGCGAAAUUAGAUUUCAAAGCGUUUUUUUUUCUGAUUUCAAGCAUUUUUCAUAUAAUUAAAGUAGAUUUUUUCUUAAAAUCAAAGUUUUUUUUGCAGUAAAAACGAUCCUCGUGGCGAGUCUGGAGCCGGCGAAGAUGCCAAAGAAAAAGAAGACAAGGAAGAUGAAGAAGAAGAUGAAAUGGCUGAAGAGAACCGAGAAAAAGCCGAAAGACGCGAGUUGGCCGACGAAAAUCGGGACCUCGAAGAAGAGGCCGAACAGGGCGAAGGCGAGGAAAAUGAGUCCGGAAAACACGUGGAAAACGCCCCGGCGGCCGAGCGGCAAAUGCUCGGCGCCGGAUCUUUGGACGAGGCCAAGCAGACGAAAAGAGAAGAGCAACAGGAACGGAAGGCUGAGAAGAAGAGGAAGCUGCCCCAGGGACUGAUGGACCAACUCGGAGCUGAGGAGGUGAGUGGAGAGGGUCUAUUUCUUUGGUUUGUUGGAGGGAAAUUGAUUUGAGACAGAACUGUGCGUAAUCAGUUGCACUUGCGAACUUUUCCAUUUCAUAGUUUACAUCACAUCAUUUUUCUAAAUGACACACUUUCGACCACGGAUUCCCAGAUUUACCCACACUUUAAAGAUUUCGAGACACAAUGAUUGGAAAAUUGCUCGGCGUUUUUGUUAGUUGAAGGAAAGAAAAUGAAGGGUAUGGAGUCGAAACCUCCGACCAUGUGACGUCAUGAGAAACAAGCGUAAAAAACAUGGGUUAUUAAAGGCGCAUGUUCAAUGGGUCAUGAGACGAAUCGGUUUUUCAUUUUAAAAAAAACGCAAUAUUUUCUUUUGCCGUGUUCAAAAUGAUUCCGCGAAACUUAAAACAGCCGCCAGAGAGUUAAAAAAAAAAGUGCCGCAGUGUAUGCACACGACACACUUCACUUCACGGAAAAAAAAAUAUGGGCGUCGUCAAAAAAAGUCUAUGGCCGUGAUUGGCAAAUUUCGACCGAUACGCGACCGCGUUGCAACACUAUGGUCAGGCCGGCCGGCCCAAACUGAUUUUAAAAUUUUGAAAAAUCGGCUUCAAAGUUUUCAAAAAAAAAAGCUGUAUUUUGAAAGCGUAUGAUCGGUACAAAUUUUUGUAGUUAGUUAGGAUAAAUUUAAAAACUUUCCAGGGCUUUUAAUUGCUUAUAAGUUGAACCAAAAAGUCCUUUGGUACUUUGGUAGUGAUCUAGACAUCAAAAAGACUAUAAAUAAAUUUUGAUCACAGCGAAAAAGGGAAUAUUUUGACAAUUUUCAGUUUUAUUGUCGUAAAAUGCGGUCUUGUAAUGCCAGAGAAGUUUUGCAAAGCCUGAAACCCAUAUUUUAAAUGUUAUUUUUAUGAUCUCAAAUCAAAAAUGGCUCUCUAGAGAGCACAAUCUCAUGACCUAGAUUUUUUCAUUAAAAAACCCUCUUUCUCUAGAAAUGGGGACAAGGUAUAAGAGCUCAAUUUAGCCUUUUUUAUUGAACGUUACAAGCUGGAAGUUUCAUUUUCAGAGCGGAGAAGUCGAAGACGACGAAGCUGAAGACGUCCAACAGGCCUCGAUCCAUCUGGCCGCUCCCGACAUGUUCGCCUUGGUUUCUAACAAACAAAAAACUGAAAAAUAUCCCUAUUUUUAGGCCGAAGAAGUGACUCGGGAACUCGUCAUCGGCAACGUUGCUCAGGAAGAAGAGCCGGAAAACCCUUCCGGCGAAAAAAACCAAAUCCCGACGGAAAACGAAAAUGCGGAAUCUCAAUGGGCGGCCAUGUCGCGGACGGUCUCCAUGCUCUCUGCGGAACUUGCCGAAAAUCUCCGUCUCAUCUUGGAACCUCAAAGGGCCUCGAAAAUGCAGUCAGUAGCUUUCAAUUACAAAAAAUCAUACAUGGGAUUAGCAUGACUGGCGACAGCCAAGUCCUCCCCCUUCUAAACUAAUACCAAGCUCUAUGAAACUUCUUUUUCGAUCACUUUUAACUAAGAAAAAUAUAAUCGCUACUGCACAAACAUUUUUUUCUUCACGGUUUCUGCCGACCCCUUUCUCCCCGCCCCUUUUUUUUCUUGUUUUUUUUUACCAAGUCCCCCCAUUCCUUUCGUUUCAGGUCCCACCGAGUCCAUCCCCAUCCCAUGUAUGCUCAAAAUAGUUACCCGAAAAAGUUUUGAAAGUUAAAAAACACCUCAAAAGACUCCAAAAACGCUCUAAAAUUUGGAAUUUUCGCUUAAAACCUUCAGUUUUUCAAGUUCUUUAUAUCUUUAUAAAGGAUAUUAAGAAAGUUCCAAUUUUCGCCUUGAAUUUUCUAUUCCUGGGACAGUUUUAAAGAGGUUUAUGAUACUUAAUUUGUUUUAAAUAGACAAUUUUUAAAGCUUAUAGCCGUCUGGAAAAGUCUCGGAAGGUGGAAAAUACCUCGACAUUCGCAAAAAGUCUCAGGAAGCAGUCAAAAUUUAUAGAACUGGCGGAAAAAUUUCAGUUUUGCGUGACCUUCCCGGGAGUUUUUGAGGUCUCGGAUUUUUGCUUCGAAUUUUACAUUUCGUGCCAGAUUUUUCGAAAAACUGACUUCGAAAAUUGUCCUAUAAUGAACAAAUAGGUUCUUUGGAACCGUUAACAACUUUUUAAAGUCCAAAAAAACUUUUCAAAUUUUGAAAACUUGAAAAAGUCAUAAAAAGUGAUCGAACCUCGAACGACUUUUCCAACUAUUUCGAUAUCAAAGGAGAAGGAGGCGGGAAAAGGAGCAGGACGCGUAGCGUGUGCGUACGCGGUUCUUGGAACGAGUUCAAUUCAAUCGCCAGCGACUAUUUGGAGAGCUAUUUUCAUUUUUAAAAACUUAAUCAUUGAUUAUUUUUUUCCAUGUGCGCAUUAAAAAAAUAGUAGAACAUAUGAAAAGAGCGGUGAUCGAGCUUUUUGAAUAGUCGGUGGCGCUUGAAUUGAACUCGCGCCAAUAACCGCGUACGCAAACGUUACGCGUCCCACCUUAUUCUACGCCUCCCUCGCCUUUCAAGUCGCGAAAAAUAUUAGUUGUAGGUUUCGGCGGACGAUCAUUGUAUUGAAUCAUGAAAGUGUUCAAAGCUUUUCUGAAACCGCAAAGUUGUUUCCAGAGGCGACUACCGCAGCGGAAAACGGUUGAACAUGCGUCGACUCAUUCCCUACAUUGCCAGUGAAUACCGGAAAGACCGAAUUUGGAUGAGACGGACGAAGAGAGCACAGAGGGAAUAUCAGGUUCAGAAUAACCUGGCUUCUCUUGAAAAAUCGAAAAAUCUAGAUCUUGAUCGCCGUCGACGAUUCGGCAAGUAUGAAUGAAAAUGGAAUCCAUCAAGUGACCUGCGAAUCGGUCUGUGUCGUUGAAGAUGCUCUCAGAAGGUUGAAAAAGAAAAGAAACGAAUAAAAUACGAUUUUUGUGUCCAGAUGUGACGCUGGAAGCGUGUCGGUGUGUUCUUUCGGAAGCGAAAUCCGAACAAUUGUCCCCUUUGGCGAGUCUUCGGCGACCAGUAGCGUCGAGAUGCUCAAAAAGGUUAGAAACGGGAUAAUUUGGUACAAAAUAAUCAAGAAUAUUAGUUGGAAACUCGUAGAAUCGUCAAAAUAUGGACGAAAAUGAGGCAAAAACAGGAAAAUUAGGCCUUUUAGUCGUAGUAAUUUCGUUAGAAUCUCUGCGAAUCGACUAAAAUUUUAAUAUAGUUGCGAUUUCAAUUGAUUGAAGUUAAAAAAAAGCUCCCUGAAAUCUGAAGUCGUAAUUUUUGAAAAAAUUUGAGACCACAGAGCUUCAUUUGUGUACAAAAAAUUUUUUUUCCGCAAUUUCCAAAAAAAAAAAGAUUUUUCUAACUAAAGAACGUUUUACUUGAAUUUUUGAUGAAACUUUGCUGAGGUGUACUUUAGGACCUCCUGAUUUCAGAACAAGUGAAAAACUUUUCGCAAUAGAUCUCGUUUUCAAGUUAAGACGCUUCAAAAGCUUGAAAUAGCGCUUUUUUGUCAUACUUUAACAAGGUUUCAUCAGAAGUUCAACCGGGGAGGGGUUUAAAAACUUUCCCUUGUAAGUGAGUUUUGUGUUUCUAAAUCGGUUUUUCAAGGACGUUUGUCUGGAUCAAUCAAUCAUUAUUUGACAGGACCGAAUGACCGAAUUUCCCUUUAUUGUGACUUUUAUCUGUCUAGAAGCCGAUGUAGAAUUUUCAUCAAAGAAAACGGGAAUUUUUUGAGGUUUUUUUUUUCUGAUUUUCUUGCCCAAAAAGUUUAACUUUCUUAUUUUUUUCACUGUUUCUUUCUUUUCUUACUCCUAUUUCCAGAAGAGUGAAAAUUAAGAGUUUUCUAUUUGGUGUAUUGAACGAAUUUUCAUGUUCUGAGCGCCGUAGCGCAAUAAGUUGUAAGCCUGUCUACGGUCCAAAGGGUCACAAGUUCGAUCCCCGCGACGAACAACUAAAAAAACUUGAAAUUAGUAGCAUAAUUUAAAAAUUUCGAAAAAAUUUUCAUAUACGUCUUUCAGCUCUCAUUCGGUCAAAAGUCGACGGAUCUUCUUCUGAUGCUGAAGACGGCGAGAAGGCAGCUCGACGAGAUCAGGACGCCCACCAGCGAACAGAUGCUCAUCGUCGUUUCUGAUGGUCGAGGGGCUCUUGCUCAGGGAGCUGAUAAGGUAUCAGGCUCAUAAAAUUCUCCGCCGUUCCCAUGUGACGUCAUGGGAAACAGGCGUAAACAACAGGGGAUAUUAAAGGCGCAUGUUCAAUGGUUCAUGCGACGAAUAGUUUUUUCAUUUGAAAAACGCAAUUUUUCUGUUCAUUUUUUCAAAAAUCAGCAGCCGUGUUCAAAGUGAUUCCGCGGAAUUCAAAAUAGCCGCCAAAGAGUGAAAAAUAUAACUGAAUUUCGGAAAUUAUUUUGAAUUUCGCGAAAAUCACUUCGAUUACGGUAUGUGCGAGAGCGCUGCAGUGUAUGCACGACACACUACACAUUACGGAAGAAAUAUGAAAAAAAAACCGCCGUGCUCUUUUGUCAGCUAAAUUCGAUCAAUAUCUUCAGAUUGUACCUUUUUUAGUUCCCUAAUGAGUUGAAACUUUUCAAAACCUGAUAUUCCAGGUGAAAGCCCACUACGCGGCUCUGCAAGGCGUCACGGUCCUUUUCGUGAUUUUGGACUCUGGCGACAAAUCGAUCCACGAUUUGAAAGUCGCCUCGUUCAAGGAUGGCGGAGUGGUGAGUUUUUGGAUGGAAAAGUCAAAAAACACGAAUUUUCAAUUCCAGGUUCUCACGCCGUACUUGUCGCUGUUCCCGUUCCCGUUCUACGCCAUCGUCAACACGAUCCAACAGUUGCCCUCAGUCAUCGCCGAGUCCAUCCGACAAUGGUUCGAGAUGACGGCCCAAACUGCUUGA